CACACAUUCUAUUGGAGUUUGUCAUAUCGCUCUUUGAUACAGAACAGCAGCGCCGCGCUAGUGCGGAAGAUCAACACUGGACAACAAACUUCGACAUCUGCAGGGCAAGCCCCAGGACUUGUUUAAUAGUCUCACACUGCCAGAAAAAUGGAGGAGGAAGAAGCUCCUGUAGAUGGCGAGGUGGAGACCCCCUUUGCUGCAGAGACCUUUGCAGCUGAGGCCAUGGCUGCAGACAUGGACCCCUGGAUUGUGUUUGACUCCAGAAGAACUCCCAGAUCCGAGUUCGACGGCUGGCUGGAGAGCAACAGGCCCUCUCAAGUGUACAGAUUUGGUGAUGAGGAGGGUGGUGUCAGCCCCGUGGGGUGGAUUGCUGUGCUGGGCCCAAACCACUGCCCCAGUGGGGGGGACGUUAUGGGUCUCCAGGAGAGUUGGGAGAAACUUUUGGCCAGCUGCCGGCCUCUCAGCUUCCAGACAGUGAAGGAGCUGGCCCUGAACCACGGGGUGCUCACGGGCAAGUGGCUGAUGCACUUGGACUCUGGUUUCAAGUUGGACCAUGCAUGGGAGUGUGUGGCCAGAGCAGCCCUAGAUGGCAAGAUCUCCCUUGUCAAAGUGAGCCCCUUUAAUCCCAAGGCAGAGGGCAAGCAGGUCAUUUGCGCCUACAACCAGAACUUCACUGAUGAGAGCGAGGUUAUCAGGCUGGAUUCAGUCAUUCGUGCCACGGGGGUCAAGUGCCCUCUCUCCUACAAGCCGGACGUGUACACAUACCUGGGAAUCUAUCGAAACAAUCGCUGGAAGCUUUGCCCCACCAUAUACGAGAGCAAAUUUGACCUGGAGUGUGUGCCCAGGCGGUCCCACAUUGUCAACAAAGUCACCAACCUUGAAGUAACAUAAGCCAAGAAGGUAGUUUUGCAGGAUGGGUUUAUGAAGAGCCCAUUAGUAAUUCCAUCUGCUUGGUUGUGCAGCACAGUUCACUGACUGCAGUUCUGAAAGUCAGUGGUCACAUUUUGAUCGCAAGUUCUUCCUAAAUGUUAUUUCAAUCUUGUCUUCUCAUGCUUUAAUAUUUUGUAAGUGACCUGGAAUACUGUCACAUAUUUUUUUUUUUUUGUGUGUGUGUAUUGAAUACAUUGUAUUCACGAGUAAGAAUAUAACAAACUAACACUUAAUAGACUGGCAGGGUGGUUGAAGUCCUUGAUUUGGAUGCACAUUUUCAAGGGACAGUUUGCACCCAGUGAAGCACUUCUUUUUGACAACGUAUGCUGUUUGCUUUGUACUGAAUCACAAUUACAGAGUUGCCAAAUAAAUAUACUUUUGAAGACCA